AUGAAUCACCCGAGGUAUUGCAAAAGUGCUAAAUCUCAGGCUGUUAGGUGUGCUGGUAAAGAAGACAACAGUGCUGGAGAUAGGAGGCCCAAAUCACUUUCAAUUUUAGACCUAUUGGAGGUCCUCCCACAGUGUCCUGGUGUUCAGGCCGCUAUGUCACCUACUCAUCACCGUUUAACGAUGGAUGUUCUCGAGUGUUCCACAUCACAUUCAAGUACAUUAGACUGUAUGGAUGCUAACUGUGAUAUAUCCGAUUCCAGUGAUGUCCGAGGUGGCAAUGAUGGCAAUAUUUCUAUGCCCCCCGAGCAUGAUUGUACCAGAUCAAUUUUGUUAGGCGAAGGCGAAGUUUGGGUUGAGUAUCAACCAGCUUCAGGAAAAGAACCAAGGAUCAUUUCACCAUCCUACUUAGAGACACCUUCGGUCACAAGUAUACUUGCUCCACCUUAUGCCGCCGUGGCAUCCUUUUCACACAAGAGCUGA